ACUGUAUUUUUGGGCAUCAUGUUAUGGGACAUAGACUACAGAGUGAGGGGCUGGGGGUGUGGCUCAGUGGUAGAGCCUCUGCCUAGAAUUCCCCAGUGAGGUGUUGAGGAAGUGACUAACGUGCAGAUGCAGUUGCCUAUUAGCAUGCAGGAAGUCCUGGAUUCUCAUUCUCUAGCCACGCACCCCCCUUGACAUUCUAGGCCUGUCACAAAAUAAAAAAAUAAGACUCCAGGCCUGCUGGGAGAGGUGGGCUGGGGAGACUCCACAAGGCUAACUAUGGAGGCCAUAGUUCAAACUUGACAGGAAUUCACUAGGAGGGUAAGGAUGAUGGGUGUUACUGAGCUCAGUGGUCUGAUGGAAAAAUGAGGCUAGUUAGGAGUUCAUACCCUCAUCCGUGAGUCCGAAAGGAGGGCCUUCUUUGUGCCAUGCACUUUUUUUUCAGGCCCGAGGCACAUCCCUGAACAAAAGAGACUAAAUCCCAGCCCCAGUGGAGCUGGUGUUGAUGGGAGCAGGCAGGAGCGGCAUGCAAACGGAAGCGGGUAGCAGUUUUUUAACGUGGCGUAAAAGACAAAUAGAGCAAGAGGAAGGAGCUAGUAAAUACCUUCUGGUGAAAACCAUCCUGGCCCUUGCCCCUGGCGUUAUCCCUCCCGUGGGUCUCUGUGCCAGACACUCAGACUGAGCCAAGCAUGCUCCCAGACGCCAUCUGCUCUCUCCGGGAGUGGGGCCGGUGCCAGCUUGAGUGUUUGGACUCUUGGCAAAGUUCCCUGGCACCCUAGAGCUAGGGAACUCCACGGCCUCACAUCGGGAAUCCUCCUGUCUAGCCAGAUGGAGGGCGGCAGGAAAGGGAGGCAGUGCAAACUGGGUGGGCUUCCUGAAGGAGGGGAUGUCUUGGAGGGCCAGGAGCGUUCUUCAGUUGAACGGACACGUAUUAUAAAUCAUAAAAUUGAUAAACACAUUACAUGUGUUCACUGCGCUUACUUUGCCAGACUUUGGGUAAAUGUGUGGGCAUUUGUUGUCACAUCUAAGUUAAAAUCCAUAUGUCGGGCUGUGGAAAUGACUCAGAGGAAAGGGGGGCUUGCUGCUAAUCCUGAUAAUCUAUGUUGGAUCCCAGGAACAUAUCUGGUGGAAGAAAAGAACCAACUCCUACAAUUCAUCCACUGACUUCUACACAUGCUUGCUCUACAUAGCAUGUGUGCACCACACAAAAGAAAUAAAUGUAAUAUAAAAAUUUUUUUGUUUUUGUUUUUGGAGACAGGGUUUCUCUGUGUAGCCCUGGCUGUCCUGGAACUCACUUUGUAGACCAGGCUGGCCUCAAACUCAGAAAUCCGCCUGCCUCUGCCUCCCGAGUGCUGGGAUUAAAGGCGUGUGCCACCACACUCGGCAUAAAAAAAUGUUUAAUUGUUAUCACAUCUAGGAGGAUGGGCAUAUGUCCCGAGUUUCCAGAUGAAGGAAUUCGGUUUAGAGAGAGAUGACACUAUCUAUGGUCCAAAGUUCACACAUCGAGUGCCUUGGAAUGCCUGCAAAGGAGCUGUAUGCAGAGAGCCCAACCCUGGACACCACCAACCACCAACGUCACUGAAGGAUGCUUAUAGCAUCCCAUCCUAGACCAUUCCUCGGCCUCUGUCCUUGGAAGCUUCGCUCAACCUUCCUACCUCAGCUUCUUCCCUCCCCCUGGGGAUUCUGCUGUGGGUUACAGUCUGUUGGCACUGGUCCCAUUUGUUUAUGUCAACACAGGAGCCAGUGUCCUGGCCUCAGUUUCCUCAUCUGCAAAUUAAAGGGAAUGCAACCAGGACCCGGCAAGGGGUAGCAUCCGCACUCAUUGAACAAGCUGUGUUCUCAGACCAGUUACUUCACCUCUCUGUGCCUCUUUGCUGCCGGGUAAAAAAAGACCAUAUACCAUGCUACUUAGAAUUGUUCUGUGGCUGUGUAUAUUUAAAGCACCUCUUAGAAUAAGGCACAAAGCUGUAGUCGAUGUUAUUAUUAUUGUUGAGCCAUCAUUUUGGGUGAGUAAUGUGGGGUCCAGCCAUGUUCCAACCAUCAGGUUUCAGCCUCUUUAAGGGAGAAGCUGCUGGCUCUGGGACCCCCAGAAUCGGAGGCCCCCUCCCGGGUCGCUGCGGAGGGGCGGAGUCUGGAGCUAUUGCCCCGCCUCUCUCCUCCCCAGCUCGCUGCGGGGCUGGGGCGCAGAGACCCAAGCGCAGCUCAGCAGCAUUCAGACCCUGUACGGGGUAGCCCGGACGCCCGAUCUCUGGGUUCAGGUUUGCCCAUCUCUGGGCGGCAGGGCAAGGUGGGUGCCCUGCAAGACCCAACCAUGUCCGGCGCUUGACCGUGGGCGGGCCCUCUACCACAGCCUCCACAACCAUGGACAACUCCAGCAUACAGGAACUCCAGCAACCCUUACUGCCAAGCAUAACCUGUGACCUCCUGGCUCCCAGGUCUGAGAAGCCAGAGCUGGGAACCCCCUUCCCAGAAACUGCCUUUGCAGAGUCCCCCAGAGGCUGGCAGCUUCUUCUCCCACCUCUUCCUUCAGUGAGUGCUGGCCUGGGGGAGCCUGAGACCCCUGACUUUGAGGACACAUUAUCCAGUGACAGUGACUCAGAUGAUGAUGGGGGCGACCGGCUCUCUCCACUUCUUCCCCAUGACCACCUCGGCCUGGCGGUAUUCUCUGUGCUGUGUUGUUUUUGGCCUGUGGGCAUCGCUGCCUUCUGUCUGGCCCACAAGACCAACAAGGCUUGGGCCAAGGGGGACGUCCAAGGGGCAGGGGCUGCCUCCCGCCGAGCUUUCCUGCUGGGGGUCCUUGCCGUGGGGCUGGGCCUGUGCACAUAUGCAGCUGCCCUGGUGACCUUGGCUGCCUACCUUGCCUCCCGAGACCCGCCCUAGUUGCCCUUCAGCCCCCACUGUGAAUGCAGAGGCCAGAGGACCAUCAAACCCCUGAGCAGAAUGGAUGAUCUUGGUGUACACAGUGGUGACGGAGAGGACCACAUCGCCCAGAAACGAGUCAGCUGGAGGCCCCCUCUUUUUCCUGGCCACCCCUACCCAGAAGGAAGCAAUGUGAGAAAUUAAAGAUACCCUGAAGCCAAA